AUGAAUAGCCUCAAUCGUUUACGAUCAUCAAUUAAUCGUUCAUUUAUUUCAUCGAAAACUAAUGAUUCAAAUUCGGAUUUAGUCGCACAAGAAGGAUUUUCAAUAUUAAAUCGUCAUUUCACUGCACAUAAACGUUUCGAUCUAUCCGCCAAUAGUCAACAACAAUUCGCAGCGUCUUUAGAAACUUUAAAUCAAAUAAAUAAUACAUUAUCACAAUCAUCGACUGGUGGGAUCGAACGAAAUGGAGAUAAUAGUGGAGUUGUAUCAAAUAAUAAAAAACGUACACUCAAUACAAUACCAGGCGUUUUUUGUCCAAUUGCUUUGUCAAUGUUUGCUAUAUCGAUAUUUAUGCGUAUGAGUUUUGUUAUUGCACAUGCAGGUGUUUUACAAGCACUAUUACAAUUAGGUCUUUGUUUUUUAAUACUUUUUUGUACAUUAUUAAGUGUUUGUGCAUUAGCAACCAAUGGGGCUAUUGACGGUGGUGGUGUCUAUCAUAUGAUAUCGCGUACAUUAGGACCAGAAUUCGGUGGUGCUAUAGGUCUGUUAUUUUUCUGCGCAAAUAUUAUUAGUAAUGGGCAAAGUGUAGCUGCCCUUGUUGAAGCAUUAGUUGAAAGUUUUGGACGAGGAAGCGAGUCAAAUAUUUUUCAUGGAACACAUUGGUGGAGGUUUUUAUAUGGAACAUUAAUUAAUAUGGUUAGUCUAAUAACAUGUUUACUUGGUUCAUCGUUAUUCUCUGUGGCUGCAUUUUUUAUAUUUAUUCUUGUAUGUUUUGUUUAUCUUAUGGUUGUUUUAUCAUUUUUUAUUGUUGGUCCUCAUCUUGUUUUGAUACCAAAAGUGAAUUCAUAUGCUUAUGAUAAUCAACCAUUUCUAAAUAACAAAACAGAUUUUCUCUAUGGACAUUACACGAGUUUUAGUUCAGCGACGAUGAAAGAAAAUCUUUAUGGAAAUUAUACAAUUGAUUAUACAACUGGCAACACAAUGAAUUUUGCUACUGUUUUUGGCAUUCUGUUUUCUAGUAUAACUGGUCUAUUGGCUGGAGCGAAUAUGUCAGGUGAAUUAAAACAGCCAAGUCGAAGUAUUCCAUCUGGUUCAAUAUCUGCCAUUGUAUUCGUAUUUUUCAUAUUUACUACAGAAACAUUUCUCAUAGCUGGAACAACAGAUCGAUAUACCUUAUUAAAUAAUUAUUUAUUUUUACAAGAUAUCAAUAUUUGGAAACCAUUUGUUAUAAUAGGAAUAAUAGCUGCCGUGUUUUCUGCAUGUCUCUCUGGAAUGAUUGGUGCAUCAAGAAUAUUAGAAGCAUUAUCUGCCGAUGAAAUAUUUGGUUCAAUGUUACAUUGGGUUCGACUUGGAACCACACGUCGUGGUAAUCCCAUGGCAGCUGUAUUGUUUACUUUUAUUCUUGUUGAAUUAACUUUAUUGAUUGGUUCAAUGAAUAAAAUAGCUCGAAUAGUAACAAUAUUUUUUCUUCUUGCUUAUUUUGCUGUUAAUCUAUCCUGUCUGGCACUUGAUUUGGCUUCAGCACCAAAUUUCCGGCCCACAUUUAAAUAUUUUUCUUGGCAUACAGCAUUAAUUGGUGCUAUCGGAGCAAUAACAAUGUGUUUUAUUGUAUCGGCUGUAUUUGCUUCGAUUGCUAUUGGAAUUUUAGUUGGUCUUAUUGCCAUGUUACAUCUACGAGAUUUUCCACGAGCGUCAUGGGGUUCAAUAUCUCAAGCAUUGAUUUUCCAUCAGGUACGAAAAUAUCUUCUUCUGCUUGAUCCACGUAAAGAACAUGUGAAAUUUUGGCGUCCACAAUUGUUACUGCUCGUGGCAAAUCCACGUUCAGCAAUGAAUCUAAUUGAUUUUAUAAAUGAUAUGAAAAAAGGCGGACUUUUUAUAUUAGGCCAUGUUAAAGUAAAUAACCAUUGCUCAAACGAUACUUGCACAUCAGAAUAUCCCUAUUGGAUAUCUUUAAUUGAUCAUAUGAAAAUAAAAGCGUUUGUUGACAUGACAGCUGCACCGAAUAUUCGAGAUGGUGCAACACAAUUAAUAAGAUUAUCGGGCUUAGGUGGCCUUCGUCCGAAUACAGUUAUUCUUGGUUUCUAUGAUGAUACGAUUCCAGAAGAUAAAUUACGCAGUCGACCUUUUUUUAAACGACAUUGGCUUAUACCGACUCGAUUAAGAAAUCCAUCGCUUCUUCGACUACAACAUCAAAUGUCUGGAUCGGAUGAUGUCGAAAGUACGAGCAAUAUCGGUAGACAAAAUUCCUCGAACACUUUAGCAUCUUCGAAUGACAAUGAUUUACAAUCAAUACUUCAGUUUCCAGUAUUACGACAAAAGAAUGAAGAAAAAUUACUUGAUGUUAGUUCGUAUGUGCAAAUUAUUCAAGAUGCACUUUAUCUUAAUAAAAGUGUUUGCCUUGCACGAAAUUUCCCACUGUUGAAAAAAGAUAAUAUUGAAGUUGAUAAACGAAAAGUAUUCGUUGAUGUUUGGCCGGUAAAUUUCAUUUUUCCUGAAACAUCAAAACAAUUUGAUGUCACAUGUCUUUACAUGCUUCAAUUAGCAACUAUAGUUUCAAUGGUAAAACCGUGGAAAACUCAUGCUGUAUUACGUGUUUUUCUUUGUAUUGAUGCUCUCAAUGAUAAUGCAUUUCGUAUCCAGCAUUAUCUCGAUGAGUUGUUAAGUCAACUCCGUAUUAAUGCUCAAACACGAAUGGUUUCUUGGGAAAAUGUAACCAACGUUUUAAAUAAUCCAUCAAUAAUUAAUGAAAAUCCCGCAACGAUUCCUAUUGAUCAAGCACAAACAGCAAAUUCAACAACAGCAUCGCCUACAAACGAAUUUAUUGAUGUCAAUAAUGAAUAUAUUCGUAGUAUCAAUGAACUUAUUCGACAACAAUGUGACAAUACAUCAUGUCUAUAUUUAUAUUUACCACGACCACCACGUGACAAAUCUCUGUUUCCACGUUAUAUAAAAGUUCUUGAAAUGAUAUCAAACAAUUUACCCCCGGUUAUGUUUGUUCACGGUGUUUCUUCGGUAACCUGUAUACAAUUGUAA